AUGCAUGCAGUGUUUAGGCUUCCCGAGUUAUUUGAGGUGGUAUGCGCGCAUGGAACGCCGUCCACCCUUGCUGCCUUGGCUCGCACUUCUUCGGCAUUGUUUCUCCCAGCUGUCAGCGAACUAUACCGGAAUGCGGGCUAUCAGCAGCUGUUUCAUAUGGUAUGGGUCUACUUACAGCGUCAACAGAAGCAACAUGUUGAGGGCUGGGACACUAUGCAGCACGACACGAUGCCUGCAUGGCGGCGAUUCCAGAUCUACGCACCACUUAUAUGGCACCUCUCGAUAGUGGGUGACAUGUGGAACGCUUUACUCAAGGGGACACACGGGGGAAACGUCGCAUAUACACCAGAGAAGUUGCUUCUAUACCUCAGCAGUAUCGCCUCCGUCUCCGAUUUACACCCAGUAUUCCCCAAUCUACGCAGUCUGAAGAUCGACCCAGUCAAGACACAGCCCCUCGGUUCUCUCAUUAUUCUGCUAUCAGGAAAUCUGACCUCACUGGUCACUGUACACCUGAAUCUCGCCAGCGCGAUUGCGAAGCCCGAUGUCGCUGCCAUGCUUGACAUAUUACCAGAUCGUGCUCCAGUCCUCAAGUGCUUGGAACUCGUUGGAGCUGUCAGCGACGCACAAGAACUGUCGUUGAGUAUCACAAGGAUGAUCCAAGCUUUCCCCCAGCUUGAAGAACUUUCAUGCGGAACAGCUUGUUUACAAGCUGGCAUCUUGCUGGGACUUUCCAAGUUGUCGAAUCUCAGAUCCAUUCGAAUUAUCGGGACGCUGCUGGUGCCGACUCGAAUUCCCACGAAGAUGCCGGGGUCUCGGCAUCUGCACGAACCCCUCCCUUCCCUUCGUGUUAUUCACAUCGAAGAGGUCGCAUCAUCCAUGGCAGGUCCCCUAUUGAGUCAGCUGGGAACCCCCUCAGUGGAGGCUGUUACUGUGAAUCUGUCAAGCAACGAAUCCUCGCCCUUCCCCGAUGAAAUUAAGGCGCUCUUCUUGGCUGUGAGCCGAUUUACUUCGCUACGCGAUUUCAGUAUCUCUGCGAGAGGACAAGGCCCUCGUGGCCACUCCGCGGCGUUUUGGCAGUACGGAUCUAUCCUAUUUACCUGCUCGCGGCUUCAAAAGUGUGUCCUUCGCAAUUGGCUCUUUCCCGCAUCCCCGGUAGAUGAUGAGCUUAUCGAGAGUAUGGCCAUGGCAUGGCCAGACUUGCAGGCCCUCUCCCUGCAAUGGAAUGUUGGAAAGAACGAUGUAUUGUCAACUCCGACGCUCAACUCGCUCGCGGUGCUGUUCAAUCACUGCCCUCGCUUGACACAUCUUCAACUCUGGUCUCUUUCUGCGCCAGUGGGCCGAACGCCAGUUGUCGACUCAUGCCUGCAACCCCGACCACUGUGGCUUGGUGUACGACACAAUAACAUAGAAGACGUCGACGACGCAUCCAUAUUUUUCGUGACCCUUACUUCUGCACUAGAAGUCUAUAUGGAAUCAUCACCAGAGGCGUUCGCUUGGUGGGACGACUUCGACACAACACCCUGGAAUAAUAUUAUCCUGCGAAUGAGGACUCUGCGGAGAUACAUCCAGAUGCAGGCAGACAAGAAGGGAACGGCCUUUGACAAUAGAAUGGAUAACUUUACGCUUGAGAGCGGGCAUAAUUGCCCUCCAGCUCCUGUAUUUAUAUAG